UUAAGUUAUUCUAAAUCUUCCAAAUUUUAAAAAUACAAUGUAGGAUUUUUUCCUCUUUCUCUCCAAAUUAUGGAACAGCCGGCGUUAUCUUUGGAUACCUGUGUCUGGAUGAAAAAAUCAAUCAAGAUGGCGGCCAAAACGCGUGACUUGAGGCGUUUUGUCGAUUUCGGACGAAAGAUCGUGGCUGUAGGAAGAAACUAUCGAGAUCAUGCAGCUGAGCUUGGCAAUGUUGUCCCUGAUAAACCACUGAUAUUUCUCAAACCAACAUCAGCAUACAUUGAGCAAGGAAGCAAAAUAAAGAUCCCCUCAAACUGCUCACAGCUUCACCAUGAAGUUGAACUUGGAGUUGUCAUAGGUCAAAAAGGAGCUAACAUCAAUGAGGAAGCAGCUAUGGAUCAUGUUGGUGGCUAUGCACUAGCACUUGACAUGACUGAUAGGACAUUGCAGGAGGAGCUUAAGAAAAAGGGCCACCCAUGGGCAAUUAGUAAAGGGUUUGAUACCUCUUGCCCAGUUAGUGACUUUAUUCAUUCCUCAUCAAUCCCAGAUCCACAUAAUUUGAAACUUUGGCUUAAGGUUGAUGGGGUGACAAAGCAAGAGGGAGUAACUAGUGAUAUGAUGUUUACUGUACCUUUUCUAAUCAGCUACAUCAGUAAGAUAAUGACACUAGAGGAAGGGGAUCUGAUUUUAACAGGUACACCAGCAGGCGUGUCAGCCGUCAAGGAGGGUGACAACAUCACUGCAGGAAUCGAGGGCAUUGUUGAAAUGGCAUUUAGUGUUGAGAAAUGAAACGAAACGAAACGAUCCCAAGGAGUCCCCGAAAUGAACCCCGUGGAAUUACCAGAAUGGACAAAGGAAAAGUGGAAGGAAAUACUUUUUGAAGCAUU